AAAACGACAAAAAGCAAAAGACUUGGUUAAAACUAGCCAUGAUGAUGCUACAUGAAAUUGGCAAUCAUAAAUUUGCUAGUGUCUUCCAAAAUCCAAUCAAAGAACAAGAUGCACCGGGGUAUUAUAGUAUUGUCAAACAACCUAUGGAUUUGAAAACUUUAAAGAAACGUUUGCGUGAUGGAGUUAUUCAAGAUACCGAUCAGUUUCAUCGGGAUCUUCUGCUAAUGUUUAUGAAUGCAUCCGUAUUUAAUCGAGAAGGAGAUAUUAAUAAGAUGGCAUCACAAAUGAAAGAACACGCCGAGAAUUUAAUUCAAGGAUUUAGAAGUGACGGUUCAGUAGGAAUACAUGAACCUGCAACACGGAGAAAAAGUAUGGCCUUUGAAGCAAAAGAAGCGAUCAUACCUCCAAAAGAUGACCGACGGAACUCAACAGAUAAAUCUGGUAUGGGUUCUUCACGCCACGGGGCUACAUCCCAAUCACCAGUUGAGAUAUCUGAACAACGUCCGAACAAGAGGAAGCGACGUUUAACGACGUCACAAAAAUAA